AGUGACAACAAAAAAAGGUGUCCAUGGGUACCACCUACCAGUAAAAUCUAUAUCAACUAUCAUGAUUUCGAAUGGGGGAUACCUGAAAAGGAUCCAUUAAAACUAUUUGAAAAAAUUUGUUUAGAAUCACAACAAGCAGGUUUAUCUUGGAUUACAGUUUUGGGAAAAAGAGAUGAAUAUAGAAAGUGUUUUUAUAAUUUCGACCCAUAUAAAAUCAGAGAAAAAAUUGGUGAAAAAGAAUUAGAACAAUUAUUAACAAAUGAAAAAUUAAUUAGAAAUAAACUAAAACUAAAUGCAAUCAUCAGUAAUGCCAAUGCCUAUAUCAAAAUGGUCGAGGAUGGUGAGGACUUUUCAAAAUUUAUUUGGUCAUUUGUCAAUCAUAAAACGAAAAUGGGUGAAUAUGCCUCAAAGGGUGCUCCAUUAACCAGGGAUGAAUCAUCUGAUGCCAUGGCCAAGGAAUUAAAGAAGAAAGGUUUUAAAUUUGUGGGCACUACAACACUAUAUGCAUUCAUGCAAUCAAUGGGUUUAGUUAAUGAUCAUCACUCAAGUUGU